UCUGAGUAGGAGGGUGGAUGGAAGAGGGGGGAGGAGUUAGCCUCAUGUAAACGUAGGCAUAUGUCCGCCUGUUAGGAAACCAGCAGAUUUUCCUCUAGCGGCAGGGGAAGCGAGAAGAGAGCGAGCCUGCCUGCACACCAUGUGGCUGACUCUAUUCUACAGCUGCACAGGUGGAGCAGCUCUUCUGUAUGCUCUGUACAGAUGGCUGAUUCCCACUGCUGUGCAGUAUCAUGGAGGACUGGCGCUAUUGUGGCACGACAUGAUUGUGGAGCGAAUGCUGGACACACUGACCCAGUCCACACGUCCUCAGCGACUCCUACAUGCAGUACAGAAGAACGCCACUAGAGGAGACCCUCGCAGCGUGGUGAAAGCCAUCGACAACUUCUGCAGACAGAAGGAAUGGGCCAUGAAUGUCGGGGAUGAGAAAGGCUGCAUUCUUGACUCAGUGGUGUCUGAAGUGAAUCCAGUCACUGUGUUAGAGCUGGGAACCUACUGUGGCUACUCUACGGUGCGCAUCGCCAGCCUUCUUCCUCCACGCGCCAAGAUCAUCACUCUUGAAUUUAACCCAGACUACGCCAAAAUUGCUCGUCAGGUUAUUGCUUGGGCAGGACUAGAGGAUAAGAUCCAGGUAGUUGAAGGCCCAUCUGGCGAGUGGAUUCCCAAAAUGAAGGAGCAGUUUGGGGUGAAAACAUUUGAUUUGGUUUUCUUGGAUCACUGGAAAGAUCGCUACCUUCCUGACACAAAGCUGCUAGAGGACUGUGGCCUCCUAAGGAAAGGCAGUAUCUUGCUGGCAGAUAACGUCAUCUGCCCUGGAACCCCUGAUUACCUUGAGUAUGUUCGAAACAGCCCGAGAUACAAAAGCCAGUACUUCAAAUCUCAUCUGGAGUACACCAAAGCGGAGGAUGGCUUGGAGAAAUCUGUCUUCUUAGGGUAGUUUUAAAGGGGGAAAAUAACCUCUAUUUACACAGGUACUAGUAGACCUCAGAGUCUUGUGUUUGCAGACUCUGCAAGUGAGGAGGAGAAUCUGUUUUGCUUUUUCUAAAUGUCAUAAAAACUGAAAUUAAAAGUGACGUGUAAAAGAAAA